CCGUUAUAUUCACUUUUUCUUUUUCCAUGAUGUGGUGCGAUGGUAAUAUAUAAACAUUCCUCUCUAGGGAGUCCUCAAUGCUUUUGCAUCCUCUCUUCUCCUCUUCUCAAACAUAGCUUUUCACUCCCUGCCUCUCUUCCUUCAAAAACCUCAAUCCACACCUCUACAACACCAUUCUACUUAAAACCACUUGCACACUUCAUAGAUAUCUCUUAACACGGCUCCACACAACACCGUUUAAGAAUGCAGUACGAUCCAACAUAUUUUAAUGACUCCAUUUACCUCUCCCGGUCCUCAUCGAUCGAGAGAUUGCCCACUGUGCACUCUGAAGCCGUUGAAAUGUAUGAGAUAGGGGUCCCUGACAUCAACGAGGAGGAUAUGCGGAUUAAUGGACAGUUGUUUCAACGCGCUCAGAACUGGGCCGUGCUUCUCGAUGGGACACGCGAGUUGGAUAGGCCAUUGACGAGGAAAGAUUUAUCUGAAGACGGUAUCCGAGGGGCUGUUCAGCACCUCGGCAUAUCAUUCUUUUUGAGUGAGUGUGAGCGACGAAAA